AUGUCUGCCGAGUUGAAGACCCAGAACACGCUCACGAUCCGCUCGGUGCUGUCCAACGACGCGUCGCCCGCCCAGAACAAGGAGGACUCGCAGGAGUUGGCGAACCUCGGCUACAAGCAGGAGUUCAGCAGAAACUACGGGUUUCUGUCGACGUACUCGUUCGCGUUGUCCAUCUCCGGGUUGAUGGGCACCAUCUCCAUCACGUUUCUCUACCCGCUCUGGUCGGGCGGGCCCGCCGCGUGUGUGUGGUGCUGGUUUGUCGGCGCCAUUGGCUGUCUUUGCAUCGCUUGGUCUGUUGCUGAAAUCACCUCCUGCUUCCCCACCUCGGGCGGAAUGUACUAUGUCAUCACGCACGUGGUCCCGAAGAAGUACGUGCCGCUCAUGUGCUGGAUCGACGCUUGGCUCUACUUCACAGGAGCGCUCACCGGAGCGUGUUCCACGGAUUUCGGGGCCGCCACGCUGCUUCUCAACAUCGUGCAGUUGACCUCCGACUACACGUACACCCCUACGCGCGGCCACAUCACCGCGGUCGCUAUCUUGAUCAUCAUCACCCACGGCAUGAUCAACUCGCUCCCGGGGUCUGUGCUCUCCAGCAUCACAAAGUACUACUGCAUCGUCAACAUCUGCUCCACCAUCGCCUUGAUCGUCACCCUUCUUGCCAAAUGUCCCAGCUUCAACACCAGAGAGUACACGUUCAAAAAAGUCAUCAACUCCACGGGAUGGGAUGCCGACGGAUGGGCCUUCCUUUUCGGUUUCUUGCAGGUUUCCUGGGUCAUGACCUGCUACGAUGCCACAUCUAGAAUGUCCGAAGAGGUCCACAACGCAGCAUACCUCACGCCUUUGGCCAUUGGCUCCGCCUUGGUCACCACCGCUCUCUUGGGCUGGGUUCUUGUCAUCGUCAUCACCCUAUGCAUGGGCGACGACAUGGACCUAAUCUUGCAAACCACCACCGGCCAGCCUAUUGUCGAGAUCUACAAUAUUGCCAUGGGCAAGACAGGCGCCACUGCUUUCUUGUCCUUGGCCUUUGUCGUCCUAUGGUUCUGUGGUGCCGUCGCAACGUGCUACACUGCCAGAUCCCUAUGGUCCUUCUCCAGAGACAGAGGUUUACCGUACUACAAGUUCUGGUACUACCUCGACCCACGUACCGAAGCCCCAAUCCGCUGUGUCUGGUUGAUCUGCGUGAUCAACUCAUGUUUGACAUUGAUCAACUUAGGCUCCACCAUCGCUAUGAACGCCAUCUUCUCCGCCUGCGCAAUCUGUACCGACUGGUCGUACAUCAUCGUCAUCGCCGCAUUUGCCUUAAACAGAGAAAAAAUGGGCGUUGCCAGAGGUCCUUUCCACAUGGGCAAAUUCUCCAAGCCCAUCAUGUUCUACGCAUGCCUGUGGACAGUCUUUGUCUCCAUCGUCUUUGUCUUCCCUAACUACAUGCCUGUCACCAAGACCAACAUGAACUACACCGUCGUCAUCCUCGGCUUUGUGUUUAUUGCUGCCGGUGGCUGGUACGUCGCAGAUGCCAGAAAGUGGUACAAGGGACCUGUCGCUAACAUCGACGAAGACGAAAGGUCGAUGGAGGAGGGAUACGAUAUCGAAAUCAAAAGUGCGAGCGCUGGUUACGAGGGAUCCAAUGGUAGCGGUGCCGUCAAACACGACGCCAAGAUUCAAGUCGCUGUUGCACACAAUGACUCUGAAUGA